AUGGAAACACCUGCGACGACCACCUUCGUCGACCAACUUUCCCCUAAACAUAACGGCCUAAAAUCCUCGUCGUUUCGUCUUAAAUCACCCUCAUUGAACUCUAUCCGUCUUCGUAGGAUAUUUGACUUGUUCGAUACCAACCACGAUGAAUUGAUCACGGUUGAUGAACUGAGUCGUGCGUUGAUUCUCUUAGGACUUGAUACGAAUAGGAAUGAAUUGGAUUCCAUUAUCAAGACGUUUAUUCAACCGGGCAAUACCGGGCUUACAUUUGAUGAUUUCCGUUCUUUGCAUAAGGAGAUUGAUGAUCUGUUUUUUCGGUUGGGUGAUAGCGAAGAUUUAGGUAAUCCAAAUGAAGACAACGAUGAGGCUGCGAGUAGUGAUGGGAAGCAAGAGGAGGCUGAUUUAACAGAGGCGUUUAAGGUGUUUGAUGAAGACGGAGAUGGAUACAUAUCGGCCACAGAGCUACAAACCGUGCUUGUUAAGUUAGGAUUCGCGGAAGGAAAUGAGAUGAGGAGAGUCGAGAUGAUGAUUUCAUCUGUCGACAGAAAUCAUGACGGGCUUGUUGAUUUCUCCGAAUUUAAGGAAAUGAUGCGUAAUGUGAACGUUCUUAAGCAGUAAAUUACAAUAUAUCAUCGUCUUAU